AAUGACAACGUGACAAUGCCUGAAGUAGGGAAGCCAGCGCCCAAGAAGGGCUCCAAGAAAGCGGUGGCGAAGGCCCCCAGUAAGGGCGGAAAGAAGAGGAGAAAGUCCAGGAAGGAGAGCUACGCCAUCUACGUGUACAAGGUGCUGAAGCAGGUCCACCCCGACACUGGGAUCUCCUCCAAGGCCAUGGGCAUCAUGAACUCCUUCGUGAGCGACAUCUUCGAGCGCAUCGCCGGUGAGGCCUCUCGUCUGGCUCAUUACAACAAGCGCUCCACCAUCACCUCCAGGGAGAUUCAGACCGCCGUCCGCCUGCUGCUGCCCGGGGAGCUGGCUAAACACGCCGUGUCUGAGGGCACCAAGGCCGUGACCAAGUACACCAGCUCCAAGUAAACAACUUUGCGGAGAAAUCAAACGAACGGCUUUUUUGAGAGCCACACACUUUCUCUAUGGAGACAAACUGUCCUGACUCUAACGAGAUAUCCAUCAAUAUGUAAACAGCCACUCUUAACUAUUAGUGUAACCUUGUUGAAUUAAAUUGAAGAGGAAAUUCCUGUUGAAUAAAUCCUGCAUAACCUCUACAAUUGAAAAUAAUUGCUUUUAAAUCCAAUAGCAGUUUUCUACUGCAGGACGUGUUGUCCUCUCUCAAAUCAGUGAUCUGCCACAUCCUCUCCAGCUGCUAUGAUAUCAGUUUAAAAAAAGGUUUUUGAUAAUUAAACCAUGGAGCUAAUCUCCUGAGGUUAACAUUUGUGUUGUUGCUGACACAUGACUGUGACUUCAAGGUCAGAGGAAUCCUUUUUUUAAAGCAGUAUUAUCAAUUAUCAGUAUUAUCAAUCUUGACAAAUAUACUGUGUGUGCUUACUACUCUGUGAAUAUUGGGCAACCUUGAGUGUAAAACAGUGGUCAAACCAAUAUAAUUUUUCCCUUAGCCCUCCUGUUUUCCUCAAAUAGUAUUAAUUAUAAUUUUAAA